GUGUUUUGUUGGCAGCAGUGACUGUUGAUGAGAAUAAAGGACUGUUCCCAAUUGCAUAUGGUGUGGUAGAAUGUGAAUGCAAAGAGAGUUGGAAUUUCUUCCUCAUCAAUUUGUAUGUCAUUCUAAAUAAAGCCAAUUAUGUCAAACCCAUCACUUUCAUGUCUGACAAACAGAAGGGACUAUGUGAUGCUAUCUCCAAUACAUUCCCGGGAUCUCAUCACAGAUGGUGUAGUAGACAUCUAUAUGCUAAUUUCAAGUCUCUACAUCCUGGGGUAUUGCUGAGAAAGCAUUUUUCGAAAGCAGCGAAGGCAUCAAACCAAUUUUACUUUGACAAAGCAAUGAAUGACAUGAAAGCCACCAAGAAGGAAGCUUUUGAUUGGCUGAGUAGGAAUCCUCCAAAUUUGUGGGCAAGGCAUGCCUUUGAUUUCAGCUGUAAAUCUGAUCAUAUCACUAAUAAUAUGACAGAAUCAUUUAACCAGGUGAUUGGACCGUACAGAGGAAAACCAAUACUGAUUUUGAUUGAUGAGAUCAGGAAGCAACUGAUGAAGAAGAUGCAACAAAGAUAUCAAUUGGGGUGUAGCUUUAAGGGUAGAGUCACACCUAAAAUCAAGACUAAAUUGGAUGUGGGGCCCCUGAAGCUAGGGGGUGCAUGGGCCUUACUGCUAGAAUAGAUGAAUUUGAAGUCACAGAUAGUGAUGGGAGAUAUGUGGUAGAUUUAAGGAAGCAUACUUGUACCUGUAGAGUAUGGGAUUGUUCUGGACUGCCAUGCAAGCAUUCAGCUGCUUGUGUAAGAUACAAGAGAGAGCUUGGAAAAGUACUGUGAUGAGUACUACAGUGUGGCAAAGCACAUGACAGUUUACAAGGACAUUAUUCAUGUAAUGCCUGGUCUAGAUGAGUUGAAGGAGGAACACAUGAUGGAGAUUGUUCAACCUCCACCUUUAAAAAGGUUGGUUGGUAGACCAAGUAAGUGUAGGAGAAAGGCCCCAGAUGAACCAUCAGGACAGUUCAGAAGAAGAUCCCAAACUAGCCGGUAUAGUAGAUGCAAGUCCAUUGAUCACAAUGUGAGGAGAUGUAAAGGAGCCCCAAUGAAAGACAAAGCUGCUUCUUCUGGGAAGACAGUCGGGAUAAAGGUAUUAGGUUUAAUUCUAAUCAUGUUUUCUUUUUGGUUUGUGUAGAGGAAGGAGAGAAGUAUGGGAAGCCAAUCUAGCAUCAACAGUUCACAGAUAUUGACCAGGUCACAAGCUUCUUCUACCACUACUGAAGUGAACAUACAGUUGAAGGCUAAAGCACAGUUGAAAUCAAAAGAAGAGAAAAGAAAAGCACGAGAAGCGCAGAAAAAGGCAAGGAAUGAAGGGAGUACAUCUGGAGCACACCGAGAAUGUUGAAGGCUUUCAAAUGGGAUUGGACAUAUUAGCUUGGGAUGGAAUGCGAUAUCACUUUGUAAUCUUUUUUGAGCAUUAUUGUAUUCCUUAAGUAGGUGGAUGGCACUAGUAAUUGGCUGAUGUGUUUUUGAAUUUUUUUUUUUUUUUUUUUUUGGGAGAUAUUAAACUUGCUAUCAGUUCUUGAAUCAUUGGCUGAUGUGGUUUUUUAUGUUUUUUUGGAAGAUAUUAAACUUAUAUGUUUAUUAGACAAGUUAAAUUUAUAUGUUCAUAUAUGAUUGCAUUAUCAGUUA